GCAAGGGAGGGCAGCAAUGGAGGAGCCAGCAGUGCAGCAAGAAAAAAUAGAGAAAUCACAGGAACAAGGGGAGGAUAGAAGAAAGGCAGAUUGGAAAAAUGAAUGCUCUUUCUCAAAUUUGCUUAAGCAUUCUUGCUUUAUAUGUUGGUCAUCUCCUGGAGACACAGAUGUCAUAGAAAUGGAUGACCGAGUCCUGGCCAAGGCAGCCGAGAUCAGAGUAAGACCGCAGCACCUGCCUCUGGAGCUGGAAAAUGCAUUAGCAGUGGAGAACAUGGAACUUCAGGAGCAGCAAUCAGACUGUAAGGACUUAGAAGAGACAAUGCUGAAAUUUGAGAAACACAAAGAGAAAUUGAUCCAGCAGAUAAAGGCAACCAGACAGCUCUGCUAUGAAGAAAGUCAAAAGAUACUAUCCUUGCAAGCAGAAGAAGCACAAAACGAGAGCCAGGUGGAGGAGUAUGAAAGAGAACUUGCCCGAGCUCGGUGGAGGCUGAAAAAGCUCAGAGAGGAGGUGAAGAGAGCAAAAAGGAAGGUGGAGGAGGCUCAAGAGAGAGAUACUCCCCUCCAAGACUCCAUCAGACAGUCUUAUGAAGAGAUCCUACAGGAAGAGAACACUCUGUGUUCUUUGUCAGGAGGUGGAGUGACACCUGACAGCCAGCUUGAGGAAUCUGCAUCCCCUGCAGACACAACUGAAGAUGAUCCUCUUCCUAUGAAGCCGUGGGGAAGAAGCCAAUCACUGCCUGCUUAUGCUGACCUAAUAAUGGGGGCUGGCGAUUUAUCUUUCUGUAAUAAUCUAGCAGGUACUAGAGAGGAUGAUGAAAGUGGGAGCAGCUCUACAAAGGAAAUGGAUCGAUCAGACAUGGAAGAAGAUCCAGAGAAUGGCAAGAUGCACAAUGAAAGGAAUAAUGAGAUGGAAGAAGCUGCUACUCUUAACCCAACCCCGCUAAAUCAGCUGGACUUCUACCAAGUCAACCUGUUUACUUACUGUCAGACAGACAAUGAUCUCUUCAAUGAGGACCUGUUUCCUAAAACAGACUCAUCUGAUGGUUUUGCCUCAGACCCUUUCAAAGGCACUGAUCCUUUUGCAAAAGAUAUUUUCCUUCCCAGUGCUAAUGACGAGUUGGAAAAUGAGGCAGACACCAGUUUGUCAUGUGCGGAAAACAAAGCUUCAACAGGAACUCAGUGCUUUGAAUCUGAAUUCCCAGAUGAAGAUAGUGACAUAGAAAUCAGCUAUAGCAGAGAAGACUUGGAUGUCAUUGCUGUUGUAGACGAUUCCACUGGCUUUAAACCCAUUCAGAGCUCAUCAGAAGAGUUCAUGCCAGAACCAACCCUGGAGAGGAAGUGUCCAGGUCAGCAUUCCAUAGAAUCAGACCCGAGCGGGUAUGAGCUAGAUCUCUGUCCUGUCUCCUCACCCUCUAAAAUAGAGUACCACCAUGAAUUUCUAGCUGAGGUGGCUACCACUGAGGACACAGAAGGACCACAAGGUCCCAGUUGUGUUUCAACUCAGGCUAUCAGUCAUCGUCACAGGGACAAAUUGAUGUUUGAAUCCAAAUGCAUAAGUGACGUAAAGCAAACUGAUCUUCAAGAUUUACCUCCCUGUGAGGUAACAAAAGGAGUAGAAAACACUACAGAGAAACCCAGAAAGGCAGAAUACUCCCACAAUCCAAUGGACUCUCAGAAAAAAGAUGUUAUUAAAUCUGACUCUCAUCAAACUGAUUUAGAUUUAAGCUAUAAUUCAGCCAGUCCAUCUUGUUUCGACCCUUAUGGGUUUAAACUCAGUCCAGAGAACUCUAGCCACACUCUAGUAGAUCCGGAUGAAGCAGAGCUGAGCCCAGAACAUGCAGAAAAUGUUCUCUUUGAUGUUGAUCCAUCAUCGUCUCCUUAUGAGCAAAAUUUUGAUCCCUAUGGGUUUGACAUCUCUGCCUGUCAAAUUGUGUGUGACUCUGACCCUUAUGGCUUUAAACUCAGUCCUGAUGAAGAGAACCAGGUGGUUUUAGACCUCUGUGGCAAUAAUGACCUGGAAGCAACCUAUGAAAGCCAUGAAGAAUUGGAGAACUUCAACUAUGCUAAGCAGGAAGUAUUGAAUGCUCAGACAUAUGAAAAUCGAGAGGUCCUUGAAGAGUGUGACUACAAUUUUCAGAAAGUCAUAAAUUAUAAAAGUACUGGAAACCAAGAAGUGUUAGAGCCACCUAGUUCAUUCAACAAGGGGCUGGUUACCCAUGAAAAAAGGGAACUCGUGGAUACCAGUUCUCAUGAAAAUCAGGAGGUGGUGGAGACCUGUCCAAAUAUCAACAAGGACAAUUUCCCUGAACCUUGUAAUUACGAUAAUCAAGAGGUGCUGGAAAGAGACGUCAGUGGCAAUCAGGAACUACAAGGAUUUUCAUAUCCUGAAAACCAGGAAGUUUUGGAUUUAGAUAGUCAUGAAAAUCAAGAGCUUCUGACUUUUUAUGACCCAGAAAAUCAGGCAGUACUUGACUCAGAUUGUCAUCAUAACAAGGAACCCCAGAAUCUCACCAUUGCUGAAAAUCGGGAAUUGCUAGAUUUACAUAGCCAUGACAACCAAGAGACACCCGACAUGUACAGUCAUAAAAAAGUAGCCAACGUAAAAGGAAAUCAAGGCAUUGUUGAAACAGAACUCAAUCUCAGUUUUUCCAAUAACAGCUCAGACAGUGAUCUAGAAUCAAACAACAUUCAAAGAUUGGAUCUUGGCUACACAGAUGUCUCUUCUACCAACACCACCAAUAUUCCUACAACUGACACACUUAACAAGACCAUCAGCAGAAUGUCAGCCAAACAUGACUCAACUACUUCUGAUUCCCCAAACAGUCAGAUUUUUUUUGGAGCUGAUCUGGGAUCAGUAUUUGGUGCUGGAGGAUAUAUUGGUUGUCCUGAUGUAGCUGAUGAUUUGGAACCACUGAAAAAAAGCCAAGACAAACCACCACCAAAAUCUGCUCCAGAUCCAGUACACCCUCAAAGACCUGUAAGACCUCCAAGACCAUCUCUCAAGAACAAGGAGAAAGCCACAUCCCAGUGUAUUGACUUGAAGUGAUCUCUGCUAUAACUGCACUGUCUUCUGACAAAGGCAAUAACAUUUUGUUUUCCUGUGAAAGAAAACAGAAUAGAGAUUAAAUUAAAAAUAGGUUAUUAAACAGAAAAUAUUAAUGAAAAGAAUUUAGCAUUAUAUAGAAAGUAAAAAUACAUUAUUGUGGAGUUACAUGUGUCCAUGCCAGUAAAUUACUUGUCAUCCAGAAAUCGGAGUUAUUCAGGUGGAGAAGACGUAAAAGUACUGGACCAGUUGACUGUGAAUACAUUAUUUGUGGGAAAUGUAUACCAUUCCAGAAAGACUCCAGAGAUGUGUAUAUACAUGAAUUAAUUAACUCUACAAUUGUGACUUGGAGAGUAAUUGUCAAUGAGUAGUUUAGGCUAAAACAGUCAUAGAAUGUGGUCAGAGCAUGGAGGGGCCUCCACUGAUCAGUCACUCCACAUUGUGUAGUUUUAAAUGUGAUCCUCAUCCUGAUUCAGCCUUGGUCAUUGCUUUGCAUGAAAAUUUACUCUAUUAUAUCCUGAACUGCACAGCUGUUAAAACACACCUCAAUAUACCUAUACAUGUUGCUCCAGAGUUUAAGUUUAAGUGUGUUUUUUAUGGGGGAAUUUUUCUGCCUUAAUCCAAGAGCAGAUAUUUUCAGUCUGAAAGCAGGAUUUUUAUUUUGACAGCAGGACUUAGUCAUUCUUC